AUGACGGGUUUAUCGAUGAAUACGGCGGCGGUGGCGGCGGCUAUGGGGGGGAUAGUGACAAGGUCUUUUUACGGUGACUCGAACGACGUCGAAAUUGAUAAUCCGAUGUGGUUUGUCUACGCCGGCGUGUCGUGUUUCCUCGUNCUGUUCGCCGGAAUAAUGUCCGGUUUAACGUUGGGGCUGAUGUCCCUCGGACUCGUCGACCUCGAGAUUCUCCAGCGCAGCGGCUCCGCCGCCGAGAAGAAACAAGCUGCAAUUAUAACGCCGGUGGUUCAAAAGCAGCACCAGCUUCUAGUAACUCUGCUGCUCUGCAAUGCUGCUGCCAUGGAGGCUCUUCCAAUAUAUCUUGAUAAACUAUUCCAUCCCGUUGUGGCUGUCGUUCUCUCGGUUACGUUUGUUCUGGCUUUUGGUGAGAUAAUACCGCAAGCUGUGUGCUCGAGAUAUGGGCUUGCUGUUGGGGCAAAUUGUAUGUGGCUCGUACGCUUUUUGAUGGUAGUUUGUUAUCCCAUAGCUUAUCCAAUUGGAAAGAUUCUGGAUUAUCUGUUGGGCCACGAUGAUGCAUUGUUUAGAAGGCCUCAGUUGAAAGCACUUGUAUCCAUCCAUAGCCAAGAGGCGGGUAGGGGUGGUGAGCUCACGCACGAUGAAGCAACAAUCAUUAGCGGAGCACUCGAUUUGACAGAAAAGACAGCAGAGGAAGCUAUGACGCCUAUUGAAUCAACUUUUUCACUCGAGGUCAAUUCGAAAUUGGAUUGGGAAGCUAUUGGGAAAAUUCUUGCACGAGGCCAUAGUCGAAUUCCUGUCUAUUCGGGGCACCCAAAGAACAUCAUUGGACUUCUACUGGUCAAAAGUCUCCUCACUGUAAGAGCUGAAACCGAGACUCCUGUUAGCUCCGUUUCUAUUCGGAGAAUGCCUAGAGUACCUGCAGAUAUGCCUUUGUACGAUAUCUUAAACGAGUUUCAGAAAGGAAGUAGCCACAUGGCAGCUGUUGUUAGAAUGAGAGAGAAAGAGAAAAAGCUUCCUUUUCCUUACAACGGUGAAGGGAAAAAUUUUAUCAUUAGGGACUCGAAAUUGACUGCCCCAUUGCUGGAAAAAUCUAACGGGCACCUAAAUAGUGCUGUGAUUGAUAUUGAUAAGUCUCCGCAAAAUGGUUUUAUGUCAAACGGUUCGAAUUACGUGGCGGAGGAUGUUGAAGAUGGAGAUGUAAUCGGGAUAAUCACUUUGGAAGAUGUUUUUGAAGAACUUUUGCAGGAGGAAAUUGUUGACGAGACAGACGUAUAUGUUGAUGUACAUAAAAGGAUUCGAGUGGUUGCGGCAGCUGCAGCUUCAUCGGUUGCCCGUGCACCCGCAAAUCGUAGGAUUACUGCUCAAAAGCCAUCAACGGGUGUUCCAGGUAAAAUCGGACAGGUCACGAAGACGAUUCAAGACAUUAUAUGA